GCUUUAAGAGUAUGAUUGAUUUAUGGUAAUCUGUAAGAUAGUGAAAACAUUUCCUGAAUUGAUUGAAUGUUUGGAGUACACUUGGCUUUGAGCCACGACUCACAGGAAAUUAAGUGAAACAAAGAAACUUAAAAUCAUGGAGCAAGAUUUGAUCAAAGGGUUUGCUGACCUAGCUGAGAAGAAACUUCACCAAGUACCUGAGAUAACGCUCCUCAACCUUGUGUCAUGGGGAGCGUCCGCAGCCAUGAUCUUUGGUGGAAUUGUUCCUUUCAUCCCACAAUACUUGGACAUCAGUCGUUCAGAGAACACAGAGGGAUUCUCAACGCAUGUCUGCCUUGUUCUACUUAUUGCUAACACACUCAGGAUCUUGUUCUGGUUUGGUCAUCCUUUUGAGCUUCCACUGCUAGCCCAGAGUGUUAUCAUGAUCUUUACUAUGAUGGUUGUAUUACAACUAUGCACCAGAAUAAAGGCUCUCCAGGAUCUAUCCUCAGUCAAGAGAUAUGUCACAGAUGUAGAUUCUAAAGCGUGUUCAGACCCCCAUCCUAUGAUCCAUGGGGAAGGGAGGGUGCGUCAUGCCAGCGUGGGAACACACCCUACAAGCAGGGAUGAUGAUAGACAGGUGGUUCGUCAGGUUGAAAGCAGAACAAUAUUCGAUCUUGACUGGCGUUAUUUCUGGAAGUGGACUCGUUUUAUUGACUAUGUGGUGUUUAUGGUGAUGUUCUGUGUAGCUGGAGGUAUCCUGACAUACUUCCUGUCUUCCUUCAGCGCGUAUGUAGAGACGUUAGGUUUCCUGGCUGUGUUCACUGAAGCCAUGUUGGGAUCACCGCAGUUCUAUCACAACUUUAGGAACAAGUCUACACAGGGAAUGAGUGUUAAGAUGGUGAUGUGCUGGUUAUCUGGUGAUCUAUUCAAGACGGGUUACUUCUUUGUGAACGAUGCUCCCACCCAGUUCUGGAUAUGUGGUAUACUACAAGUCUCUAUAGAUAUAGCUAUCUUAACACAAGUUGUUUUCUAUGGAGCUAGACCGCCUAUCAAGCUAGCCAAGGUCGCUGCACCAGCAGACCAUAUAUCAUGAUCAACCAUCUCUCCCUCUAUAGUCAUCAUUACAUUGUAUGUUAUUGUCAAAUUGCUCUAAAGAACUGUUUUUAUUUAGAGAUUACUUGGGUUACACAAAUUGAAGAGUUGCUGUGUAUUCUUUGAGAUUAAGAAGAGACUAACACAAUUUGAGCAAAGCAGAGCAAUUAUAUGUUAUCAAACUUUAAUUUCUUUAAGGAAAAAGAACACACCCAUUGUUGUCCUGCUUGAUCAUAGAAUAAGGAUUUUUCAACUUUAGUUGAUAAUCUUCUUGAUUCCUGUCAAGAUCUGGAACACCAUUGCCUAGUUAGUGGUUGGAUGACUUGUGUCAUCCAAACUCUGGAUAAUGCUUCUUGAAUUAUUUCAAUGACUGCUUGUGUGUAUGUAGGUUUGAAUCAAUCAGUUUGCAUGAAGGCAUUGCUAUUAUGCCUGAUGCCAUGCAUCUACAUAUUCAUGUACAUCAAAUUCCAUUUAAAUUCUAGUGUGAGUAGAUAUAUCUGCAGGGUCAGUUGCUAUGUCAGGAAAAGCUUACUUUUACUCUAUGCAUAUUAAAUGCUGCUGUUUUUAUCAAUAUUUAUUUUGGUAUUGUGUACUUAAUGUAUAUAUGAUCAACGAAUCACUAUUAUGAUGUAUUAUUGGGACAGCAUUCAUGUAGGACUGACUUACUUGGUUUGAUCCUGGCUAAUAUUUCUUUAACCACCUUGCAAUAUCCCACUAAGUAGCUUGGAUUUUGAGAUAAUUUGUUUAUGUUUUUAAUCUCAGUGCCUCGAUAUCUUCUGUGAAAAGUAAUACUUAUGAUGUGCUGUAAGUAAUGUCUUGUCAUAUCCUCUCAACUAUAUAUCUGAUUAUGUGUACACUGGUUUGAGAACAAUGCAGCUUUAUACAAGUUUUCAUGGCUCAUCUUAGCCCUUAAGGUUUAUUUAUCAGUACUGUUUCAUAUAUGGUUCUGUAGUAUUUUGAUACAAGAUUUUUGAAGCAGAAAUGAGGCAUUGAGAUGUUAAAAACACAUUAAAGCUUUUAAAACAUCAUUACGAUGCGUUAAACUGCAGUGGUUUAAAAAAUAAUGACUUUAAUAUUCUGUGCUCCUCAUUCCUACAUAGUUCAGUGAAUACACAUAGGACCUUAGUUGCACACAGUUGCCAUUCAUUUACACAUUGUAAAAAAUAAAAUAAAUAAAAAUACAAAAAAGUUGUUUUCCCGCUUUGUAUCUGAAUGAGCCUUAAAGCUGUAUUCCAGGCUAGGUUGUAGACCAGGUAUUGCAAGACAAAGCCAGAAUCUCACUUUUUUAAAGACGGGCCUAAGAAGUGGCCUCGGUGAUCACGACAAAAUAUUGCCGUCAAUGAAAUCAAAAGGUUAGAAUUCAGCAGUUAAACAAUGAAAAGUUGGUGCUUACUGCAAAAGAAUAAUUGUGCAAUGUCUGUCUACAAUGGCAGAUGGCAUUUAUAUCAAGAAUUCAAAUAUCAUUUGACUUUAAAGCUGUAAGACCUACAUGUACUCUGCGAGCUUGCAUUAAAUACACAUCAUGUGAUGUCUUCACACAUUUUAUGUGAUUUAUGAAGAAGAUAUGAAUUUGAAAGUGUUCUUUACAUUUCUAAUGGUGGAUUACUUAAUGACAGUAUUCAUGUGUUUUGAUGUGCAGUUAAAAAGAUAUUUGAUUUCUAUAAGUGAUUUUUUUUUAAAAGUGUGCUUGGAGAAUACAUUUUUUAGUAUUUAAAAAAAAAUGAAACAAAAGUUUAUGAUUGUUUCUAACCGUCCAGGUGGCAAAUAAAUAAUGUUAAAUAUUAUAGACAAAUUAACUAGAGUUACUAUGAAACGUUGCAAGCCAACACAUAGUGAGUCCAGUUGACUUGUCUAUGUUUAACGUUGGGUAAUGAGCCAAACUUUUGGAAAGUGGUAAACUGAGCUUUAUAUCUUUGAAAUGAUAUAGAAAUAUUUUGGUUGUCACCUCAUAAGUUGUGUCCUAUUCUGUUCCAUUAUAUUACCUACUCUCUGGAUAACUAAAUAACUUAUACUCUUCUCAACAACUUCUGUUGCAUUGCAGUGUUUGAAAAGGUAAUCUUAGAUAGAAGUAUAUGAUUUGCACCAACCAUAGAUACACCAUCUGUCUCUAAUUGUGAAUCUGUUUUUAAAUAUUAUUUUUUUUGGUCCUCAAAAUCAAACUUGUAGAAAUUUAAGGGAAAAUAUUAUGAAGAUUUUCUCAUCUUCAUGACAUGUGUAUUCAUCCCAACCUUCUAUUUAAGCAGCUUUUAUACAUAUAUUUUUUAAUUGUUGCAACAACAAUUUUUGCUCGAUAUACAGUGAACUUUAAGCAUUCGAUAUUGAACUUAAUGAUUUUGAACAUUGCAUAAUAACGUUCGAUUAAGAUAGAGGAUGCUGUUUAAAUCCUCUUUCAAAUCUCAACUGAAAACAUUGUAUUACUUACAUACAAAAUGCAGCAUAUUUAUAGAAUAAGUAAAGUAAUAAAAAUGAAACAAAUACAGUA